AUGAUUAUGGAAAGUUUUAGAAUAUCAGAUAAAAAACUUAAAGAAUUAGUGUUAGAAACAACAAAAGAUGAGGAAUUAAUGACAGUAAAUAAAUAUAUACUAGAAGGAUGGCCGGAAAUGGACUCAGCUAACUCUACAGUACAAGCAAGUCAUGUGGAACUCAUUGGCACUGUGGAGCCUACUCCUCGUCCAUACAGCGGCUCUACACAUCGGCGACGUCGUGGACGUCGAAGUUUGGAGGGAUCUCAACCCCGAAGUGCACAUGAACCAACAAGUCGUUUAGAGGAGGCCCAACGCAGGUUAGCCGAAAUGGAAAGCGAAAGAACAAUGGCUUUUACGGCUGCUUUGGACCGUCUGGCUACUACCAUUGGUCAGCCGUUGGAUCGUCUGGCCACUGUCAUUAGCCAACUUUUGCAAGUAUACCAUAGAAACAGCAGUGGUUCCCCGCCUCUGAGAAAAAGGGCCAGGAUUAUUAUCCCUUCAGAAUCUGACUCCGAUUAA